UUUUAAAAUUUUUAUUCAAUUAUGAUAUUUGCAUCAUCAUCAUCAUCAAUAUUAUUAUUAAUAUUACUAUCAUAUCAAUUAACAUUGUUGGUAUCAUCACAGGCGGUACCGGCACCGGCAGCAGCGGAAGCGGCAAAUAAACAAAUCGAUUGCAGUCAGGACGGAGUAUAUGGACAACCGGGAGAUAUCGGUUAUACAGAUUGUGUGGACGGUUUUGCCGAGUUUCACAGUUGCGGUAUUACUAGCAGUGCGUCGUCUGAUACCGAUUCUGGUCAUCUGAAAUACGAUGGCGAACGGUGUGUCGAUACACGAUAUCAGUGUACGGCUAGUCAGGAGGGCCGGUACCGACACAACAACAGUCAUAGGCUGUAUUUUGAGUGCCAGAAUGGCAUAUCGUCGCAACACUAUUGCCGAGACGGCGAACUAUUUGACGGACAAAACUGUGUCCGCGUUCAGAGAGGACCGGUCACAUCGGGUUCACAUUUGAAUCGUGAUUUCGAGUGUCCAAACGAUGGCCGAUUUGCCGAUCCCGAGAGUCGCACCCAUUAUAUUGUUUGCGAGGAAGACGAAGCCACUGUCUAUCGGUGCCCAUUGGUUUCGUUUGAACACGAUAGACUGAGACAGUGGUACGAGAUUUAUAACACCAAACACUGUGUAACACCGUUUGAAUGUCCAGAGAUUGACGGCACAUACAAAUUGACGCGCGGCGGCGGACGCGUCUACUACAAGUGUGUCAACAAUAAACCGGUUGAACACGAAUGCCAAUCGGGCGAUACGUGGGACGGCAGCCAAUGUAUUGGCCACGGAUUUCAGUGCCCGCGUGACGGUAUAUUCAGCGAUCCCGAUGCUCGCAAUUUCUACAUACUGUGCUACAAUGGACGUCCUACUAGACAUCCGUGUCCGGAUGGUCAGGAAUUUGUUGGCCGACUUUGUACGGAUGUAAGACCCAGACCGAGACCGUUCAUAUGUCCAGGCGAUGGUCGCUACGUUGAUCCGGAAAGUCCACGCAGUUACUAUGUAUGUCUCAGGGGACUGGCAUCCCAUUAUAGCUGCUCGGAUCGCUAUCUGUUUGACGGCACUACCUGUGUGUCGCAAUCGGCUUCCGGCGAUUUUCGUUGUCCGCAAUCGUACGGCCGGUUUGUCAAUCCGUACAAUUCGUCCGAAUACUAUCAGUGCACCUAUGGUCGACCUUUACUGCACAAGUGUUCCAGUGGUUCACAUUUUGUUGGCGAUAGGUGUGUCCAUCAUGGUAGACCUGUCAAUAUAGUUGAUCCGGAUAAUAGACACAGUGCAUCGGAGGACGUUGAUAGGCACCGUCAUCAGCAUCAUCCACACGACCGGUUUCGGGUAUUGCAGCAUACACGCGAUCUGGUCAAAUUUGAGUUCAACAAUUUCAUAAUUACCGACCGAUUUGAUGAGGUGGCCUGGAAGUGGAACCGGGAGAUUGCUUCUAUAGUCUAGUAGUAGUAGUACCAGUAGUACAUAUUGUCGAUAAUUAUUAUCAAUUAUUAUUAUUAUUAUUAUUAUUAUUGCUUAUCAUAAUAUUGGGACAGUAAUGCAGUAUUAUUAUUAUUAUUA